UCAUCGGGCGACCUGGAGAACGAUGAGCAGACGGCCGCCAUCCUCUCAGAACUGGUGGCCACGGCCUGUGGGCUGCAGCUCCAGCGUGGCCAUGACCCCCCCUUCAAGCGCCUGUCAGUGGUGUUUGGGGAACACUCCCUCCUCGUCACCGUCUCCGGACAGAAGGUCUUCGUGGUGAAGCGGCAGAACCAUGUCCAGGAGCCUGUUGCCGUCUGA